UUUUGUUGCCAUUUCGGAGGGCGCCAUUUAGAGAAUUAAUUUGUUUUUUUUUUAUUAGAAAGCGGAGCUAAAUGGCUACUACCGCUCGAAAGAGUAAGCCAGACAGGACCCGGACGGAGGUUGACAAAGCCAUAACUGAGAAUGUGCGAAAACUGGUCAGGAACUUGUCGGAACCGGGGACCAGCGAGGAGAAGUUGCGCAGGAUGGAGGACACGGCAUCAAAGAUACUCACUAAGCAACGCUGGGAAUGGGUCCCCACAGGCACGGAGGUGAAACGCAGCCUGGACGAUCUGGCGGAGCGUUUCCGGGUGGAGGGCAUGGCAUCAUUUGGAGAUACCAUCAAGGAGAUGGCCUACAAGUAUCUGGCCAUGAAUGAAAUUCAACAGCAUCCCGAUCCUCAUGCUGGAGGGCCAAUGCUGGAAUUCCUGCUCAUCAUAGCCAAUAAUCCGGUGCAAAACAUCCGGCGCAACCGGGCGUUUAUGGAACAGCAGCGUCUGGCCAUGAUCGAAAGCAUGGAGGCGGACGAGCGACGGACACAGGUGAAACUAGAGGAAGCCAUCAAUUCCGCCGAAACGGAGGUGGACUGGGCAGCCCUGCUAGCCGAGGAUUUCCUGGAUCCGCCAGAGGAUGACAGCUCGGACAGCUUAAGUGACUGGUCGGAUGAGUCGGACUGCGACUCCACAACUACUUUGCAUCCCGAUGAGAAUGUAGGCACCUCGCGAAGCCUCCCGGACAUGGCCAUGGUUUAUAAGCAGGCCAUAAAGGCGGCAGGCCCGAAUGGAAAUAGGAACAACAUCUACAUGCCGCCCGUGCCCGAGCAGCGCGUCAUCAAGAGUAACGUCUUCCGGAUAGCGCAACCAUCCGUUCUGAGUCUCAACAAUUACGAGGGCAAUCACCUGAGACGGAGCAAACUGCUUCAGUUGCCGCCACCCCAACCGCCCCAAGCAACCACUCCGUAUUGGCAAAGUGAUAGCAACGCGGACGUGCUCUUGCGUACAAUCCACGCCCACUGGUGGCGUCCUGACAUCCAUUUGAACGCCCUGCCCUCCAGUACAAAUCCACUGGACAACUUUGCCGUGAGCUACGUGCAGUUUCUGAACUCCCAGGCCCGAGGCCUCUUGGCCCUGCCACUGCCCAAAACCACCACGGAGUCCUGUCUGCUAAGGGAGAUCCUCUUAAUGUUCGUGUGUCCAUCAAGUUGUUGUUUCUUUAUAUUCAACAAAGAGACUCGUCGCAUUACUGUGCGCGAGAAUGUCAGUAUCUGCACAGUGACUGCGUGCACGCUGCAAAAUUUUCUGCUUCUUAAUGUGGUGCCUGCGCUGGAGGACAUGUUGGAAGUGCAACGCAUCAUCGAGGCUCAUACGUUGCAGGUCGACGGCAUAAAGACAACGAUUACCCUGCAAUGCUUUGCAUGCGGCCUGAGGGAUCUUGUCCGGCCCAUUUCCCAACUCCUCAUCGCUUACGAGGAGCGUGUCAUUGAGGAUCCCGCGACAAAUACGCUAAUCAAUCUUACGAUUGAAUUCAAGGAACACUUUCGCCAGCUGCGUUUGCUGCGACUGCUGGCCGAAGAUGUCAUCCUGGAUAAGGGUCCACCGCACCUACGCAGCGCCUACUUGCUAUCCAGACUCUAUAAGCAGACCAUGCCGCAGGUGCCGCACCAGAAGCUGGCCAUUGCCCUGCUGCUCUUUUCCCUGAGGAUAUACUGUAGCAUCAUCGACGGCUGGUGGCGCAGGGCCACGCUGGAGGAUCGCCUUGACGAGUUCAUCGUGGAAAUAUGUAUCGAGGAGGACGCAAAGCCCCGUAGCUACGUGCGCAAACGCAGUGUGAAUUGUGAGGAAAGUUUGGAAGUCGUAGAGAUCUUCAAUAAGCUGCAAUCCUGCCCACUUUACCAGCUACUGCUGGAGCAUGCCCUGGAGUCUGGAGAAACGCAGGACCUGCUGUCCAGUGUAAAUAAGCUGGGCGAGAUGCUGACCACCAACAAUGAAAGCCAACCGCCGUCACUGCACGAUGAGCUGGUCGCCCAGGUUUUUACCCAGAUUGAGGUUUACUGUGGUAGAGUUCAUGCGGAUGAGGAGGAUGAACCGGAGCCGGAGGAGGACAUAGAGCAGUCACACGACGAUCUGAUUGCGAGCAAUGCGCAGGGCAUUAGGAAUCUUGAUCUCUUUGCCAUAUUUACCCAGCCGGUGCAGCAACGACGUUUAGAGCGACAACGCGAUCGGCUGAGAAAGAAGCCCAUUCAAUUGGCCAACAUUUUGAAGCGCUUGGAGCGCUCCACUUGUCUGCAGCUAAAGUCUGAGUUGCCGGAGGCGCUGGGUGUUAUUCUGCAAAAGAGACAGUGCCUGGCGAACGAGUACGCGAUGGAAGCGUACUGCAAGGAUCUGCACCUGGCCGAGAACGUGCGAUUCGUGCGGCACACGAUGAUGCUGGAGGCGUACUACAUACUCGUGCCCCACUACACUGCACUCUUCGCGCGCAUUGAGAGGAACGAUAGCUGGGCACGGAGCUCAGUACUCACUUCCAUGCUCUGCGCUGUGCUGUGUCCAUAUUACCCGCAAUUAGCUAAACGCCUUCAUGUCGCGGUUAUAUCACAGAUAAACUCGAAUUCAACAAAGGUCUAUGAGGCCCUGGAGGCAAUUGAACUUGUUUAUGAGAUGCCAGUAGCCAUGCAGCGCAUCCUCACAGCCAAGCACAUGCAAGACUACAAUUUGGUGUGGCGGCUGAUGCUGAAGGUGAAGUGGGCCGUCUGGAAGCUGGAGACUCUGGAGUUUCUGCGCCGCGACACGGCAAAUCCAUACGCUCCUCUGGAUUUGCUCGGCCUGACCAUCCGUCGCCUGGAGAUUGUGCGCUUCUGGUUGAUUUUCCUCAUCAACAACCUGCACACGCACAUUAUGGAGGCUGUGGGUGAGCAGUUCGAGCUCAGGAUUGGCAAGUGCAAGAACAUCCGCCAGUUGAGGAUCAUGCACGACGAGCACCUGUCGUGGCUGAAGAAACAUUGCAUGCUGACCGACGAAUUCAAGGCAUUUCGCGUCGCCCUCGAGCAGCUCUUUCAUCUGGUCUUCGUGCUGGACAUGGAGUGGAACACUUGCGCCAGCUACAUGGGCGUCAACGAUGCCCUUUGCUUGGACUUCACCCUUUCGGAUGACGGCAUUGAUGACGGCGAAUCGGAACGCCGGAGUUUUGAGUACCUGGCGCUCAACCAGGUGGCGGAGAUCGAGAUGACGUACAUACGGUGCCACCGCACGUUGGCCGACAUCCUCAACACGCUGGUGUACCAGAACGACCAUAGAUUCCUGUCUGCCUUGGAGGAGACCAUCAGCUCCAGUAUGCCCCAUUAGAAAUGAAUCUCCACAAAGGAUCUUGUUGCGCAUUACCAUGACCAUUACCAUUACCAGUGCCAUUACCGAUAAUCCCGACAUUCCCAUACCAAGUGAAUUAAAGUGAAUUUUGUUAAUGAAA